UCAAACAUUACUGAAACAAUGAGAAUAAAAAAAAGUAAAACAAGGAAAUAAUCAGUAAAGAAAAAUGGCAAGAGGGCACAUUUCAUACCAAGUUCACCAAUAUAAUUUCCUUAUUCCCACGUGCUAUAAUUCCCAAAUAAACGGUCAUGGCACCAUAACAUGCAAAAACAAAAAUGCAGUAAAUAUUGUGGCUUUAGUCACAUGUUCAAAGAUUGCAAUAACGAUCUAUACUGUCAACGGCCAGACUUAUUGAAGUAUCAUUGGAAUGGUAAUCUAUUGGCAUUUCUGACUUGUAAGACCAUUACAUACCAUGAAUUUGGAGUUUUCCAAUGGUUGUAUGGUAGAUGGAAUGGUAGUUCAGGGGAACUCCACAUUCCAUUGAAGCUACAGAGUGUGGUGUUUAUCCUAUGGAGGGAUAAGCCUUUAGUGUUUUACAUGGCACUAUAGACACCUGGUCUCGGGGACAUAAGGGUGAUCCUCUAUAGGCCUUGUAAACAAGGGCACCACUGUGCUCUGUGCUGGGUCGGCACGGUCACGGGAGGCCGAGGCGCUUAUGUGGCACUUGUGCCGCAGUUCAGUACUAACUGUCGUCGAACAUGGGUGUUCGUGGGGGUUUAUCUUGGGUAGAUAUUCCUAAUUACGGUUAUAACAGUACUGAAUUCCGUGUGACUAUACGAAGUAGAUGAGACAUGGGUCUACAUCUCUUCGUACUCUCCAAGGGGAGAAUUUUGGACUCGUCAGGAGACGAGGAAUUUCAAUUGUAACAAUGGUGAGAAAAUAAAGAAGAAACAGAGGAACACUUAUUCCCCCAUUGUCCAAGAUUGAACUUGGAGUGGUAUUGCUGGAAGCUCUAAAGAAAAUCAAAAUCAGUAAUACAAAUGUAAAACUACCUGAUUACAGGAGAAGAUCUGCCAGGUGAUCAGAAGUUCUACAUAGAUAGGAUAGAAGAAGAAAGAAGAUUCAUGAGAAGUAUCCAGGGGAUAUAGACAAAGUGAGUCUGAAACCCUAUAAAAGAAGAAAGAAGAACAUAUUUUCUACCUUUGAUAUUUGUUACCACAGGGAGAGUCUAUGAUGUCAUCUCAAGGCAAAGACAAAGCUGUCUCAGUGCACGUAUCCAACCUCUCGCAGAACACUAGAGGACAGGAUUUGCAUGUUCUGUUCCGCCCCUUCGGAGACAUCAGACGUGUCUUCUUGGCCAAGGACAAGAAUACUGGCCAAUCCAAGGGCUUUGCUUUCAUCAAUUUCAAGAGACAGGAAGAUGCUGCUAAGGCUAUACAAGAUCUUAAUGGAUAUAGUUAUAACCAUCAGAUUCUGAGUGUUAAAUGGUCCAAAUCCGGUACCCAGAGAGACUAGCUAUGUCUUUAAAGGAUAUUCAGUGCUAUUAGGAGUAUGCUGUACCAUUAUUGGAAAUAUAACAUCUUUUGGUA